AUGGCUACGAAAACGAAAACCAAGACCACCACUACAAAUGAGGAAAUUGUAAUAAAGGCAAAAAAUGAUAUAGAUUCCAAAAAUAUUGACGAUUUUGUACUGAUAGAGGAUCAAACAUAUAAUGAAUCAUUUUUAGCAUUAGUUGAAAGAAACCAAAUACCUUUGAGCAGAACUUUAGUCUCAAUAUUAUAUUUAUCAUAUUUUUUAUCAAACCAAAACACUACCACCAAAACACUCACAUCCAAAUUUCUAUUCCUUCAAAAUAAAGUAGGGAAAGAUAUUUAUGAUAUUCACAUAGAUGAUGUUUAUUAUGUUAUAAAUUGGGUAAUUACGUUAACUUUUUUACGAUCAUUUCUUAUGAAAUAUAUAUUUGAACCAUUUGCUUAUAAAUUUAUAAACAUUCAUUCCAAAAAAGCUAAAACCAGAUUCGCAGAGCAAAGUUGGUCAUUCAUUUAUUAUUCAAUUAGUUUCAUAUAUGGAGUAAUUUUAUACAUUCAAUCCCCUUAUUUUAACAAUUUGGAUCAAAUUUAUAUAAAUUGGCCCAAUUAUUUCAUGACUUCAAGUUUUAAAAAUUAUUAUUUAAUAUCAAUGGCAUUUUGGUUACAACAAAUUUUUGUUUUAAAUGUUGAAAAACCAAGAAAAGAUCACUAUCAAAUGUUUUCACAUCAUAUAAUUACAUGUUUGUUAAUUAUUGGAUCUUAUUAUUAUUAUUAUUUCAGAAUUGGUCAUUUGAUACUAAUGAUUAUGGAUUCAGUAGAUAUAUUCCUUGCUGGUGCUAAAAUGUUAAAAUAUGCAAAAUUUAAUACACUAUGUGAUACUUGUUUUAUAUUUUUUUUGAUUAGUUGGAUUGUUUUAAGACAUGGUGUUUAUAAUUAUAUUUUUUAUCAUGCUUGGUAUAAGUCAACUGAAUUAAUGAAAGAUGGGAAAUGUAUAAUGGGAGCUGUGCAGAAGAGAUGUUGGACGCCUGCUGUUAUUAAUACCUUUUUGGGAUUACUUGGUGGUUUACAAAUUAUAACUUGUAUUUGGAUGUAUUUAAUUUUAAAAGUUGCUUAUAAAGUUAUAAUUGGUAUUGGUGCAGAAGAUGUAAGAAGUGAUGAAGAUGAUACAGAAGAAGAGGAUGUAGCUGCAGAAGAAGAUGAAGAAGAAUUUACUAAGGAUCAAGAGCUAUUUGAUGAAAUAGAGCAAGGUAAAGUUGAUUAA